UCUUUUAUCUUGCUCCCGUUAAGAAGAAGACAUUAUUCAUGUCUUUGCUUCUCAAUCAGCCCUCGAAGCUCUGCUUUCGGAAACCUUUGUUGGUGAGAUCCUCUCCUCAUCUUUCUGAUGGCAUCUCAUCUUUGUCGUUGCCAAUUCAUUCUCAUUCUUGUGUCUUGAUCUGCGCUGAUCCAUGCGGAGGUAAUCGCGGAAUUUCCACGACCAUGAGGACUGGUGGUUUCCUUCGAACCAUUUCUUCUUUGAAAGAGAGCGAAGAGGUAAGUGAGAACGAUAGAAAGGUGAUGGAAGAGCUGCUUAAGGAAAUGGGAACGAUAGGAUCAUCCUGUGGAUGGCUACCUACUUUGAAGGACGGCGUGUUGCGUCUCCGAGAAAUGAAUAUAAACAGUGACACAGAUCCGAAACGCAUUGUGCUGCCUCCUCUUGUAACUCUGACUCAUUGCCAAACCCAAUAUGUCACCAACGUGGCCAUGUCUUCUUAUUCUCCUCAAGAAGAGGACUGUGUUCUGGCUGUCAAGUUCUUGGGUCCUCAGCUCAGCUUCUGCAGACCGGCUCGAAGCAACUCCGAGUGGGUCAACAUCAGAAUGACAGACCCAUGCUUCUUCUCCUCCCCUGUCAUGUAUUCCAAGAAGGAUGACAUGUUUCGCAUAGCCGGCUCUGGAGGCCACCUCGUCGGAUCAUGGGAUCUCCACAACCCUAGCAACAACCCCAAGUUGCAGAGCUUGCGGUUUCAAAACCUUCCCAAGCUGUCCGAGACAAAACGAGACCUUUUGGAUUCGUGCUACACAACCGAACACCUGGUGGAGUCAGUAACCACCAGUGAAACUUUCAUGGUUAGGUCGUACAAGAAGACCGCAGAGAUCAUCAAAGGUGUCCCGAGGAAGAAAACAGAAGCAAUAAUGGUGUUCAAGCUAGACGAACAAGGAAACGCUGUUUACACUCCAAGCCUCGUAGAUCAAAGCAUUUACCUCACCAACUCUGAAGCUUUCUGUGUCCCUUUGAGCUCCCCUCUCUGCUUUGGUCGACCUAACUUCGUCAAAAUCUUUGAUGUCGACGAACGAAGAAUUUUCAAGCUGGCUAAACAAAAUUGGGAUUGUUAG